AUGUUCGAGGGUAUCGUGAGUCGGUACUUAUCACAGUACCUCGGGGACUACUUCGAUGGUCUUGAUCGAAAGAACCUCAGUAUAGGGGUCUACAGUGGCCACGUGCAUCUUCAGAAUGUCGACUUCAAACAGGAAGCAGUUGACAUGUUACAUCUUCCUGUCAAACUUAUACACGGCAAACUCGGCAGUCUGCACGUCUAUGUACCCUGGAAUAGACUAGGGUCAUCGCCCGUGGUGAUCGAGUUGGAGGAUCUAUAUUUCGUGGUGGAGCCGAAACGUAGAGAGGAAUGGAGCCAAAAAUACGAGGUAGCCCGAUUGAAGGCAUCUCGUGCCAAGCUGGCGACAGCUGUGGAUAUGCAAUGUGAAGUUAUGGCCCAACAGGAGGUCUUCGACGAGAAUGAGGGCGAUAAUGUAGAGAAAGGAGGCAGCAGUAAUAAGAAGGAGAAUAUCAAGGAAGGGUAUAUAGCAUCGGUAUGUCGGAAAAUGGCGGAGAAUGUGGAGCUGAGGGUAUCUAAUAUACACAUACGUUAUGCCUAUAGUAAUGCUGAGCGCACAACUGGUGGAGCUUGUGGUAUAACUCUUAAAGGCUUCACCAUGACUACUACGGAUGCCUCUUGGUCGCCAGUAUUCGUAGAUAGGAACGCCCCUCCACCAGAGAGCGGUGUGAGGCAGGAUGAUACUAAACUGAUCGGCGCUCAGCUCUUUGUGUGUGAGAAAUAG